AUGUUGCGCUUUCUGAAAGCGUACUGGCAACAACCCGGCGAAGAACGACGGGGAGAAGCGUUAAGGAGAAGGUGGGAGAGUUACUGUCGCGUUGACGUUGUGAUCCCCUUCCUUCUCGCCGUUACCGUGGUGUUCGCCCUCUUCGCCGCCAUGAGCGAAUCACUAGCUCUCUCACAUCUCGAAUAUACCACCGUGACGGGAUACUUCCUUCAAGAUGAUCCCACAACAUAUCCGGCAGAUUUUGACUAUUCAGCAAGUGCAUUCGGCCUCAUAAUCCAAAAUUAUGACACAGAUAAGGAUUUCGAUCCAAACUAUGAGAAGACGCAAUGGGAGCGUUUCGCCUACAAACUCCAGUCUCUAAACGACCACGCAGACAAGCAUACGGAAUUCAAACUCUUCUACAUGGGCCGGCAUGGCGAGGGUUACCAUAACGUUGCAGAGGAACUUUACGGAACUGAGGCGUGGGAUUGCUACUGGUCCAAACUCGACGGCAACGGCAGCAUAACCUGGUCUGACGCUCGACUGACAGAAACCGGCAUCACCCAGGCCCUUCAUGCCCGCGCCACAUGGGCCGCCCAGAUACAAGACCACAUACCCCUUCCACAGUCAUACUACACCAGCCCCCUGGAUCGAUGCCUGCAAACAGCAAAAUUAACAUUUAACAACCUACCACUCCCGCCAGACAGGCCAUUCAAACCAGUUGUGAAAGAGCUCCUCCGCGAAACCCUAGGAGUGCACACCUGCGACCGCCGCUCUCCAACAACCCAUAUAACAAAAACCUAUCCCACCUACACCCUCGAACCCAACUUCGCCCCCACCGACCCCCUCUGGGACCCAAACCUGCGCGAGUCCAACUCGGCUCGCACCGCCCGCCUCCGACAGCUCCUAAACGACAUCGUCGAGCACAACAGCGGCCCGAGCAGCACGUAUAUUUCGCUAACGGCGCACUCGGGGGCGAUUACGUCGUUGCUGGAGGUUGUAGGGCAUAGGGCGUUUAGGCUGGAGACGGGGGGAGUGAUUCCGGUGCUUGUGAGGAUUGUGAGGAGGGAGGGGUCGCGGGGAGGCGAGGUUGUUGAGCCGUCGGGGAAGGUGCCGGAGUGCAGAGAGGGUUUGGUGGCAGGGGAGGGGGAGGAGGGUGGGCGGACGGAGUUGAGGAAUUGA